CUGUGCCCUGUUUCGCCACAGAGUGUCCCCCCCCCGGGGGAGGGCUGACCCACUCUGGUCACUUCCUGUGUUGUUAGGAUAAAUGGGGGCCAGGGAGGGACGCCCAGGGAAGGGGCCGCCGUGGAGAAAGCUGCAUCUGAGCUCUUCCCCUCGGGUCCCCUGAAGAUGCUGUGGCUACUGUUUCUGACUCUCCCCUUCCCGGGGGGCUCUGUGCCCGUGACCCCUGCCCCCAGCCCAGGACGAGAGUCGGUGGGCAUCGUGGGGGGCUGCGAUGUCUCAGGCUGGAGGUAUCCGUGGCAGGUCAGCCUGAGGUUCUACGACAUGAGGCUUGGCCUGUGGCAGCACGAAUGCGGGGGCUCCCUCAUCCACCCCCAGUGGGUGCUGACUGCUGCCCACUGCAUUGAGCCGGAGGACUUGGAGGCUUGUGCCUUCAGGGUCCAAGUCGGGCAGCUGAGACUCUAUGACCACGACCAGCUGCACAAGGUGGCUGAGAUCAUCCGCCACCCCAAGUUCAACGCGAGCCUAUCCGCCUGGGGGGGCGCGGACAUCGCCCUGCUGAGACUGGAGGCGCCCGUGAUGCUCUCUGAGCAUGUCAACCUGGUCUCCCUCCCGCCUGCCUCCCUACGGGUCCCCUCAAGGAAGAUGUGCUGGGUGACCGGCUGGGGUGACAUUGCGGACAACUCGCCUCUGCCCCCCCCCCGCCACCUGCAGGAGGUGGAGAUCCCCGUGGUGGGGAACAAGGAGUGUAACCGCCACUAUCAGAACUCUUCGGACAGCAGCGAUCAGGUCAUCAAGGCCGACAUGCUAUGUGCGGGGAGUGAGGGCCGGGACUCCUGCCAGAUGCUGUGGCUGCUGUUUGUGACCCUCCCCUGCCUGGGGGGCUCUGUGCCCGUGACCCCUGGGCCUGGCCUGGGGCCCAAGCUGGUGGGCACCGACGGGGACCAUGACAUCCCUGCCGGGAAGUGGCCAUGGCAGGUCAGCCUGAGGGUCUUCAACGAAGAGUGUGACCGGUGGCAGCAUGAAUGUGGCGGCUCCCUCGUCCACCCCCAGUGGGUGCUGACCGCGGCCCACUGCGUUGGUCUGGAGCCACAGAAAUACAGGGUCCAAAUGGGGCAGCUGAGACUCUAUGACCACGACCAGCUGCACAACGUGGCCGAGAUUAUCCGCCACCCCAAGUUCAACGCGAGCCUGUCUGCCUGUGGGGGCGCGGACAUCGCCCUGCUGAGACUGGAGGCGCCCGUGACGCUUUCCCAGCACGUGAACCCCGUCAGCCUUGCUCCUGACUCACUGGUGCUCAGCCCCGGAACAAAGUGCUGGGUGACUGGCUGGGGCACCUUUGGGGCCCACGCCCUGCCAUCCCCAGCCCACCGCCUGCAGGAGGCGGAGGUCCCCAUCGUGGAGGACCAGGUCUGCGAGAAGAUCUACCGCCAGGGGUCACCUGCUGGAGGCCACGGCGGUGUCAUCAAGAAGGACAUGCUGUGUGCAGGGAGGAGGGGAAGGGGCUCCCGCCAGGGUGAUGCGGGGGGCCCCCUGGUCUGUUCCUGGCUGGACAUGUGGAUCCAAGUGGGAGUGCUGAGCUGGGGCAUGGCCUCUGGGCACAUCAACUAUCCUGCGGUCUAUACCUGCGUGAUGACCUACUCAUCCUGGAUCUACCAGCACGUCCCCCUGUGGCCUUGAUGUGCCUGUGUGGCCGAGGAGCCAGGCCCCUCCCCCAG